ACGGCGAACGGCAUAACGCUGAAUCACUUCCGGAAAAACGCACCAAUAAACGAUUAGGGGCGAGAUCCCGGAUGCGGAAGUGAAAAAGAUCCGCAUAAACAAAAUGGUGUACGUGUCCAACGGUCAAGUCCUGGACAGUACGACACGGUCGCCGUGGAGGCUGUCUUUCCUCAGCGAUCUCUUUUGGGGUGUAGUGGAGUUCAUCGGCCACUUCUUUCAGACCCUCAUCCAGCCAGAUCGGUCAAAAGAUGGCAAUCAAAGUUCAAUGUCACGCUUCAGUGAUGGAAGAGGUCCUCCAGGUUCUUUGGGGCGAAGACGUAUGGGAAGGAUAAACCACGGUGGAGGCCCAAGUCCUCCUCCAAUGGGUGGUGGAUGAGGAAGGUAA